AUGGCGCUUGUUAAUCAAACCCCUGACAUCUCCGGCGAACGACAAUCCGGCCAAGACGUUCGCACUCAAAACGUUGUAGCAUGCCAAGCCGUUGCGAACAUCGUGAAAACCUCAUUAGGUCCCGUCGGUCUCGACAAGAUGCUUGUUGAUGACAUUGGUGAUGUUACUAUCACCAACGACGGUGCUACCAUACUCAAGAUGCUGGAAGUUGAACAUCCUGCUGCUAAGGUUUUGGUUGAACUUGCUGAACUUCAGGAUAGAGAAGUUGGAGAUGGUACUACUUCCGUCGUCAUUGUAGCUGCAGAGCUUCUUAAAAGAGCAAAUGAUCUUGUUAGGAAUAAGAUUCAUCCAACCUCGAUUAUCAGUGGAUAUAGGCUUGCUAUGCGAGAGGCGUGUAAAUACAUAGAUGAAAAGCUGGCCGUCAAGGUUGAAAAGCUCGGAAAAGAUUCACUAGUUAACUGUGCCAAGACCAGCAUGUCCUCAAAGCUGAUAGCCGGUGACAGUGACUUCUUUGCUAAUUUGGUUGUGGAUGCAGUGCAAGCUGUAAGGAUGACCAAUGCUCGCGGUGAAAUUAGAUACCCAAUCAAGGGAAUCAAUAUAUUGAAGGCACAUGGUAAAAGUGCUAGAGAGAGUUUUUUGAUGAAUGGAUACGCUCUUAAUACUGGCCGUGCUGCCCAAGGAAUGCCUCUCAGGGUUUCUCCUGCAAAAAUUGCUUGUCUUGAUUUCAAUCUUCAGAAGACAAAAAUGCAACUGGGUGUUCAAGUAUUAGUUUCUGAUCCCAGGGAGCUUGAGAAAAUUCGCCAAAGAGAGGCUGAUAUGACUAAGGAACGGAUUGAAAAACUACUGAAAGCUGGCGCUAAUGUUGUUCUGACCACCAAAGGAAUUGAUGACAUGGCACUUAAGUACUUUGUUGAGGCUGGGGCAAUUGCUGUGAGGCGUGUGCGAAAAGAGGAUAUGCGACAUGUUGCCAAAGCAACUGGAGCAACAAUGGUCUCAACAUUUGCUGAUAUGGAAGGGGAGGAAACUUUUGAACCGUCAUUUCUUGGAACUGCAGAUGAAGUUGUUGAGGAGCGUAUUUCUGAUGAUGCUGUAAUCAUGAUUAAAGGGACCAAAACUUCUGGUGCAGUCUCUUUGGUACUUAGAGGUGCAAAUGACUAUAUGCUUGAUGAGAUGGAUAGAGCUCUGCAUGAUGCACUAUCAAUUGUCAAGAGAACGCUCGAGUCAAAUACAGUGGUUGCUGGUGGAGGUGCUGUUGAAUCAGCACUGUCAGUUUAUUUGGAAUACCUUGCUACAACUUUAGGAUCACGGGAGCAGUUGGCCAUAGCAGAAUUUGCUGAGUCUCUGUUGAUCAUUCCAAAGGUGCUUUCUGUCAAUGCUGCUAAGGAUGCCACCGAUCUGGUUGCUAAGUUACGGGCCUACCACCAUACUGCACAAACUAGAGCAGAUAAGAAGCAUUUAUCAAGCAUGGGUUUGGAUCUUUCAGAAGGAAAGAUUAGAAACAACUUGGAAGCUGGAGUCAUCGAGCCUGCAAUGAGCAAAGUUAAAAUUAUUCAGUUUGCGACUGAAGCUGCUAUUACUAUUCUCCGGAUCGACGACAUGAUCAAGCUUGUCAAGGAUGAAGGUCAGGAAGAAUAA